AUGGCUCCGAAUGACUGUCAGAAAAAGCUGGUUGUUAUCCUUGGAGCAACUGGUCUACAAGGGGGUUAUGUGGCCCGAACACUCUUUGCAGCCUCACACCGAUAUACAAUUCGCGGCUUGAGUCGCAACAUAAGUUCUCCAAAGGCGCAGGCCCUAUUGGAAAUGGGAAUUGAGAUGCGACAAGCCGACCUGAAUGAUCCAAAAAGCCUUCAAGCUGGUUUUGAAGGCGCUCAUAUCAUCUAUGCAAUGACCGAUUUUUGGCAGACCAUGUCAGCGACAGAAGAAGAAGUCCAGGGCAAAUCCAUUAUGGAUAUUGCUGCUAAUCUGCCAGAGCUUGAGCAGCUGAUUUGGGCAGGCUUGCCUGAUGCAAGGGCAAUUUCCAGCGGACGUUUCGCUAACGUCUAUCAUUGGCAGAGCAAAGCCGCUGUCUCGGAAUACAUUCGAAUCGAGAAGCCAGCUUUGUGGAAGAAGACGACUAUAGUGCUCUUUCCUAAUUACUUUGAAAACUGCCUUACCAACCCGGGCACGUAUCUCCCAGUCAAGCAAGCCGAUGGAACCUACCUUCGAUCUUUUGUUUUGCCUGAUGACACGGAUUUACCCAACGUGGCAAUUUCAGACACGGGUAGAUUAGUCCAGUAUAUCCUCGACUAUCCCGAUCUUUGCCUUGAGAAGACAAUCGCCUUUUACUCCCAAUCCAUUUCGGAGGGGAAGAAGAUCCAGUCCUUGGCAUCUGCCUACAACAUCAACAUACGCUACGAAUUGAUGUCACCGGAAGAGUUUCAAACCUCCCUUAAGAAGCACAAGAUGGAUGAUGUUACUGCUUUAGACUUCACUGAGCAGCUGCUGAUCUUUCGUGACUUCGGCAACAUUUAUAAACGUUCCGAGUUCGUCCAAGCGAAUCAGCUGCCUGGACUGAAAUUGACAACCUGGGAUGAAUUUCUGGCCGCCAACAACUUGUUGUCUCACAUGACGAGCAAAUAA